GAUGAAGACAGUGUUGAGCUUUACGCUGAGAAGGUUGCCAACAGAUAUCAAGCUUUGAUAGAAAAUCACAGAACUCUUCUUGACAUUCUUAAGAUUACUCAGCUUCUGGACACAUAAGCUUACGUUCAAUGAAACCAUGAAGAGUACGAUGGCGAAGACCCUAUCUUUCCAUGGAUCCAGUGUAUAAAAUGGAUACAAGAGGCGUUUCUACCAGGUGGAGAGUGUUCGGGGCUGCGGAGCAUUGUGCUGAUGCGAAAGUGAUUUACAAGUUUCUGGAGGUUAAUGAGAUUGGAAAGACACAUGCUUUGUUUUACAUAGCUUAUGCUAUGCACAUGGAUUUUAAAAAUGCAAAGCCUGUUGAGAAGUUUAAUGACGCUUACAAGAAGUUCAUGGUGAGAACUAUGAGAAGAUCCAAAACAGCUGAUGAAGUUUUUGCUAUGCAUUACUCAUGGACUACUGAGGCUUGUACAAGGCGAGCUUUGGCAAAUGUCUCAGCUCUACUUCGUCCUGGAGGCGUCUUUAUAGGAACAAUGCCUGAUUCCAAUGUUAUUAUCGAAAAACUCCGUGAAGCUGAAGGUUUGGAGAUUGGUAAUAGUGUAUACUGGAUUCGUUUUGGUGAAGAGCAUUCCCAAAAGCUUGAUACUUGUUUCGUUACUUCAGUACCAAAAGGAGACAAUUUCCUCUUUUUCCUAUUCUGA